AUGUCACAUAACGCGAUUUAUUCUGCCGACAUUGGACAAUGGAAUGACGUUACUACCGAGUCUUUAACGAAAAGAUUGAAUAAUAAUCCGAGACAGAGAAGAAGAGCGUUCAUUAACAAACUUCGUAGAGCAGAAACGUUAGAAGAACAAUUAUCCGAAUUUUCAGAAGUUCCUCGGAUAUUCGACGAGAAUCCAGACCCGGAUAUUAUUCAGAUUGCAUUGACCUUUCUUGCCGAGCGUUUUAAAACCUGUGAGAACAACAGAAUUCGACGAUGUAUUUUUGAAGUCUUUAAGAAGUCUGAGAGUCGUUUUACGCGAAACAAUUGUUCGGCUUUCGAACAAAUUGUUAAGAACAUAUUUUUUCUUUUGGAGAAUCAGAAUACAGAUCCCGAGGCUCGUUCGCUAGCUCUAAGAUCUCUCGGUUGCAUGUCGAUCUUAUUAACAGAUCGUAUCGACAUUCAACACGGAAUACUUCAACGGUUAGAUUCGGUUGUAGACAUAGAGGUUAACGCGGCCAUAUAUGCCGCAGAUAAAAUAUGUUCGAAAUCCGAAAAAUUUUCAAUUCUUAUAUGCGACAAAUUAUCCACAAAAUUGCAAGAUCAUAAAGCUAACGACGUCCCUUUGGUAUUAAAAUUAAAAAUGAUUCGAAUGUUGCGCCAUAUGCACUGGGACAUCAAAUUGACGCAUAAGACGAGACAUAUUUGUUUGGAAUUGCUGAAAAAAUGUUCAGAGGAAAAGAUUUUGUUAACGAUCUUAAAGACCUUGACAUUUCUAUCUUGUCGUGCACCCAUAGACAGAUCUGACCAGAUUGAUCUAUUAAUAAGAUAUGUGAUCAACAGUACACAAGAGCGUGUGAGGGUUGGUGCGCUAGAAGACAUCAUGAAGUUGGCUCGAAGGAAUGCCAUUUUUGAGACUUCGCAAGCAUUGAAAUUAUUAAACUUUGCAAAUAAUGCAUCGGGACAUACCGUUAAAAUAAAAAUAUUUCAUAUCUUGACCUUCCUAAUUAAACACGGAAAAUUACUUGUUGACCUUGUCUCAAAGAGCUUUGAUCAAGAUGUUAGGAUAGGGGCUCUCCAUGAUAUUCAAAAUUGCUUGAAUAUGAUUCAUUCGCAUUCCGGCGAGGUGACCGUGGUCACCACCCGAUUUUUCGUCGAAAUAAUCAUUGAAACUCAACGAAUCAAAUCGACGACAUAUAAUUCAGUCGGUAGCGAAUGGGAGACAUAUCUAGACAGCCUCGUUGUUAAAGUUCCAAAAUUGAUAUUAGAAAUAAUACGCAAACUUCUGGAUGAUUCUGUUAUGGAUUCAAUCAACCAGAAUAUGUAUAAAUUGACUAUUAAAGAAUACCUUAAAUGCUUGUUCGCAGUUUGCCUGUCCUACGAACAGGUCGCCACUCAUUCAUCCAAUAUAAUUAUUGAAAUAUUACGCGCGAAUUUGAAAACGAAGAAUGACGAGAUUUUUGCAGAAAUUACAAAAUUUCUCCUCAUGACCAGCGAAUUUAGGGGUACCACAAUACAAGUGUUAAAUGAAAACCUACUGGAGAUUUUAAGAUCUGAAGAACUUUUGCAAAUGUCGAAAUCAUUCCAAUCUUCAAUUUCUACGUGGGUUCAGUUUAUUUUAGCGAAAACGGUUUUAAAAGCGCUUCCAGGCGGGGCAGCUGUAUCUGAAGACUUCAAAGAAAUGUUUCUUCAAAUAAUUAAGGACUUUGGUCAAUACUCCGAUAAAUACGAAGCGAAAAAAAUUAGAAGUAAUCAGUGGAACAUUUAUCUAAUAGGUGUGGAAGCUGGAAAAUCAGGAUGUUGUAAUAUAAUGGCAAAUAUUAUGCAAUUUUUCGUCACAGAGGUUGAUGUAGACGCAUUAAGAUAUUGGUUAAGAGCUCUAAGUAACGUUGGAACAGCCGAAGAGGGAAAAAUUGCGAAUCACAUUCAAAAUGUUAUCUCCAACAAUGGAACGGUAACAGUAACAGCACAAAUUGGGAAGCAAAUUGACAUUUUUGAUUUAAUUGAAGUUUCAAUAC